UCGUGUUCUCGCCUCGUCUAAAACUCCAUUUGCAACAUGUUCAAAUAUAUCCUGGUCGCCUUCGCCUGCUGCUUGGCCAGCGCUGCUGCUGCUCCUGGCUACUUGGGUGGCUUGGCUGCAGCUCCGGCUCUGUCGUUGGCCGCUGCCCCGGCCAUCUCCUAUGGCCACGCCCUGGCCGCACCGUCGAUCACCUCGUAUGGACUGGGCCCCAGGAUUAGCCUUGCUGCGCCUGCUCUGGCUCGUGCUCCCGUGCUGUCUUCCUAUGGCUUGGCUCCCAGGAUUAGCUAUGCUUCGCCAGCUCUGGCCCAUGGACCAAUUGGCCUGUCUGCCGCACCACUCGGCCUGGCUUCGCCACUCGGCCUGGCCUCGCCCCUCGGACUUGGCUACAGAUCGUAUGCUUCUCCUGCUCUGAGCCUGGGCCAUGGCUGGUAGAGAUUGCCACCUGGAGAUCGAGGAUCCCUUUUGCUUUUCAUUUCGUAUGCACACAAAAUUUCUGAGAGCAAGUGAAUUUGAGUUUUGAAUUAAACAUACAUUUCGUAUUGAUCAAGA